CGUUGGUGGCAACACUGGCUUUGUCACAUCGUCAUUCGUCAGUUGGUGAAUUCCUCCUUGUGUGUGUGGUUGUAGGUUCGUGUUCCAUGAUUCUACAAAAUGUCUGAAUUCAUAUCAGUACCGUUGAAAAAACCAACCGAUGUUGUUAUUGUUAAACCUUUGAAAAAUGUUAUUGAUUCGGCAUUUAAUUCAGCAGAAAAACAUGAAGAUUUUACCGAACAAAUCAACGAAUUGGGUAAACUUCGUUCAACUGCUGUCUGGCGAGUAUUUGAGAAAUAUGAAAGCUCUUUGGAGGUUAUCUACAACUAUUAUGAUCAGUUAGUGGCUUUAGAAACCAAAAUUCCACCCACAGAGGUGCAGAUUCCUUUCAAAUGGAAGGAUGCAUUCAACAAGGGAUCAUCAUUUUUUGGUGGCCGCAUCAGUCUCACGAUUUCUUCGAUGGCGUACGAAAGAGUGUGCGUACUAUUCAACAUAGCAGCACUGCAAAGUUGCAUAGCAGCCGGCCAGAGCAGUGACACCGACGAUGGAAGGAAGUUGGCUGCUAAACUCUUUCAGCAAUCGGCCGGCAUUUUCAAUCACUUGAAAACGACAGUAAUUGGUGCCAUACAUCAAGACCCCACUCCUGAUCUGCAUCCAGACACCCUGGCAGCUCUGUCAGCACUGAUGGUGGCCCAAGGACAGGAAAUGUUCUUCCAUAAGGCUGUCGAUGAUGGUAUGAAAGAUUCCAUUAUCGCAAAGGUAGCUUCUCAGUGUGAAGAUUUCUAUGCGGAAUGUUUGAAAGCAUUCCAGAAAGAAAGUUUGCGACAAAUCUGGGAAAAAGAAUGGCUUCCAAUUAUUGCAGGAAAGCAAGCCGGAUUUCAUGCAUUGGCUGAAUUCCACCAGAGUUUAGUAUGCAGAGCCAACAAGUCUGUUGGAGAAGAAAUAGCUCGAUUAAAUAAAGCAAUAGAUCUGUUCAAAAUCAGCCAACAAAGAUGGAAGCCGAGUGCGUUCGCAGACCACCUGAGCAAGGCGCAGCGCCACCUGGAGGAGGCCAAGAAAGACAACGAUUUCAUCUACCAUGAGCGCAUACCUGAUGCCAAAAAUCUCGAACCGAUACCUAGAGCUGCAAUUUCCAAGCCCUUGCCAAUGCCUCCUAGACUGUCUGCUAACUUUAAAGAUCUGUUUGAAAAUCUUGUGCCACUGGCGGUGCAUCAGUCGUUGUCUGCCUACGAAGUGAGGAAGAACGAUUUAGUGACUGCUGAAAUCAACAAAUUGCGGGAAUCCACGCAGCUGCUCAAUAGUGUUUUGGCGUCACUGAAUCUGCCGGCUGCUCUUGAAGACACACACGGUGAAACCGUUCCUCCCUCACUGGCAGAAAAGGCUGAGAAUAUCUGCUCAUUAGGUGGAAUCAGAAAAUUAGAAAGCAUGAUCAGGGAACUGCCGGAGUUGCUACAGAGGAACAAAGAAAUUUUGGAUGAGGCUGACAGAAUGCUGGCUGAUGAGAAACAAUCUGACGACCAACUGCGAGAGCAAUUCAAAGAGAAGUGGACCAGAACACCAUCUGAGAAAUUGACCGAAACAUUCCGCGUCAACGCCUCCAAGUACAGAGAGCUCAUCAAUAAUGCCAUCUCAGCAGAUAAGAUUGUGAGAGACAAGUUCGACACGCACAAGCUGGGCAUUGAACUGCUGAGUGAAGGCCCCAAUGUGAUGCAGGCCGCCAUUCCGAAAGCAAUCAGCGGAGGCUCGUCAGCCCAUGAAUCAGUCGCCGCCUCUUCUCUACGCCAACUCAUGGAACAGGUGGAGACUUUGAAGGCAGAGCGUGAUACGAUCGAAUGCGAACUGAAGUCGGCCACCACAGACAUGAAGGACAAAUUUUUGUCAGCGCUGAGUCAAGACGGAGCAAUCAACGAACAAGCGCUCUCUGUCGAAACUCUGGGAAAAGUGUUCGGACCCCUGCAGAUGCAGGUCAAGGAUAGCAUUAUAAGGCAGGAGAGUUUACUCAAUGAGAUUCAGUCGCAAAAUACGGCGUUCUGCAACGAGAAGAGUGGUGGCGGUGCCGAACAGAAGCGAGAGAAUGUGCUGAAGGAGCUGGCCGCUGCCCACGACGCUUACAUCGAACUCACCAACAAUCUCGAGGAAGGCAACAAGUUCUACAACUGUCUCACUCAGAACCUGUUGGGAUUUCAGAACAAGAUAUCGGACUACUGUUUCGCGAGACGAACAGAGAAGGAAGAGCUGAUGAAAGACCUGACUCAGAACCUGAGCCGAGGCAGCGCCCCCAUCCCCGCUGCUCCCUCCCACCAUCAGCAAUCAACCACUGAUGGAAGGAAGGAGGUGCCUCCACGUCCCCCACCACCCAAUGUGUCUGCUCCCGAGCAACAACACCAGCAGCAGCAACACCAACAACACCCGGGAGCUCUGCCGUAUCCGGUGUUUCCCUCGGGAAUGCCCGUGCCGUUCGGAGCCCAACCCAACGCUCCCUACCCCGUGCAGUAUGCUCCGCCUCCCAUCCCCAACUGCUACAACCCCUACGCCACUCUUCCCUAUCCAACUCAGCAGCCACCUCAUCCUUACCCGGGAGCAUAUCAGACAUAUGCAAAUUAUCCACCAACUUACCCACAGUACCCUCCACAGCAGAAUCAACAAUAUCCUGGACAACAAUGAAAAAUUUAUUGAAGUUUGCAGAUAAUGUUUCUGCAUUAUUAGCAUGCUUUCUGAGCUGAUAUUAUACGCUUCAUAUGAAUUUUAUAUUUAUGCAGUUGAGAAUGCAUAAAACUGUCAAGAUAUUAACGAUGUAUGGUGAAUUAAAAGUAUAUUGUAUCAAGUAUUUCUUUAUUAGACUCUAAUUUAUGAGAAAAUACUCUAAAAAUAGUAAUUGAUAUUAUUUUUUUUUGAGUUAUAGUGUGAAAGUCGUCUUGAAAAAGAUACUUUCCAUGUAAAUUUCCUGACAAAUCAUAAAAACCAAACUUCAACAUAAUACUAAUGAAGGUUAAUUUUCUUAUUGAAAUAAAACGUAUUAAACAUAGGUUCUAUUUUCUGUUAUAUUGUCGCAUUGCAUCACAAACCCUAAAUCGUUUAAUUUAUUGAGUUUUUUUAUAGUAGUAGCACUUGUAGCAAAAAGUUGGAAAAAUAUGGUUAUAAAGUUCCAAUAGUUCCAUAUUGUACAAUAUUUUAUGAUGCAUCAAUGUUGGGUUUUUAGUAAGCUGAGACCUCAUAGUUUUCAAGGGUAAUGGAAUACAGUCCAAGAUAUGACUAUUCAUUGAUAGGGGAUUAUUUAUGGUUUUUAACAAUAUUUAAAUUUAUUUAUAAUUGAAUUUAAGAAAUAUCUCCAUGAAUUAUUUAUUUGUUCAAUUUUUAUCAAGAGAAGGUAUAUGCUGUAAUAAUUAUUUUUAUUAAAUCCAAGAUUAGCAUUUUUGGAAUUAAUUUUUAUUUAUUCAGGGUUAGUCUUUCUUCAAUGUUGUUUUCCAUCACGAACUGCUUAUUAUUAAAUCACAUUUUGCUAUUAAAAAAACGACUAGCAGUCACAAUGUUUUACAAUAAAUGAAUUAAUCACUCACUAUGACAACGAGAUCUUUCAUAAGAAUACUUUAGGUAUCUUAAGUUCUGCUUCUUCCAUAGUAUUUUGGAAAUUUGGAAUCAUUUCUGUUAUGAGAUGAUUGUGGGCUUCAUUGUAUUGAUUCCAUAAAUAAAUGAGUACUGAGCUUUAGACUAAGUAGAAACGUUGUUGUUCAUAAGAGUUCGUAGAAUACAUUUGAAAUAGACAGGCAGUACAGAAUUGUCUUCUGACUUUCUGUUUUCAGAAGUGUUUGAAAUAACUGAUUAUCUGCCAGUAUUGAUCUUAUUGUUGUCUAAAGAAUGAUUACCAAAUUUUCCCCUCAACUUGAUUAUUCUGUAAUUGGUAGAUUUACUCGUAUAGAGGAUUUCAUUCUUGACCCCCAACUUGGGUAUUGAGAUAGAAUACUGAUUUAUAGAAAUGUGUGAUGCGCUUAUAAAAUAUAAGAAUGUUGAAAAUGAGAGUUUAUAUUUCUACUUUGUAUAAUAAUAAAGCAAGAAACAAAUCAAAGUGAUAUGAUUCUAUAGUUAUAAUGGCAAUUAUUUAGUUGAAGGGUAUUGAAUUUUCUACUUCAAAUCGUAAAAAUUAUAACACUAUGUCACUAUCAAAGAAUUUUGUUCUUUAUUUUAACUGAACUAUUAUAAUCAUAAUUUUAUUUGAUAUUCAUUAUUGUACUAUAUUUUAUUUGUUACAACUUUUAUGUGCCUGAGCAUUAAUACAAUUUAUAUAUUUUCAUGUAGGUUUUAGUUGACAAUAAAUUCUGAUAAAAUGUUA